AUGUCUUCCCCAAAAACUCGUGCUCAGUCUUCCUCAGCUCCAGUUCCUCCCGAUUAUAUUACUGGGACCAGAAUUGACAAACAUGCGAUAGAGGUUAUGAGCAAACUUCAUCCUUUUGCUCAAAAGAACCUAGACGAGAAUGUCCUCCAUCUAUUCAAGAAUACUUUGGUGCUAGGGCCUUACUGGUUUGGUCUUCUUCCGGCUGAGAUGGCUGAAUUGUUGAAAAAUGAUGCUGAAGCUCCUCUCAAGAAUCUAAGCCGGUCUUUCCUGUCCAGCGAAGUGAGAAAUAGUCCAGUCAAAUGGGCAGACUGGAUUGACAAACUUCUUCCGAGAUAUGGGGGUCACUGGAAGAGAACCGGGAUUUAUGAUGCCAUCCUCCUAUCUAAGCAGUCUAUCAACAGGGAUGAGAACCUACUUGCUGCUGCCCUGUGCUUCUGGAAUUCUGCCAGCAACACGUUUGAUUUUCGUGUAGGCCUAAUGACGCCAACUCUACUGGAUACGGCUCAGAUUUUUGGGUUCAGGCCCCAUGGCAGGCCUGUUGAUGCUGUUGGUGACUAUCACAAGAGGAAAAAUAAGGAGAAAAUGGCCAAUCCCUUCACCAUCUCUCCAGCCAUGAUUAACCAGAACUGCUCAUUCUCCAACUAUUUGAGGAAUUUUAGUGCUGAGAAGGACAAGGAUCAGCAGCACAUGCUAUUCCUCCUGUAUUGGCUGAACAGGUUUGUCUUCCCCAAUCGGUCUUCAGCAGUUCUGCUUGAAUACAGGCAUUUGGCAUAA